UAUAUAAAUAAUGUCAUCAACUGACCAAGGAACCUCAGCCAGAGAGUGCAAGAUAUGCCUCGAACCAGUGCAGAGUGCUUAUCUUCUAGAAUGUGCUGAUAUGUACUGCUGGGAAUGAAUCAAACAUUUCUGAGAGUCCCAGAAGAAACGUAAACUUACACCUUCGUGCCCUUUAUGCAUCCAUGAAAUUAAAGGAGAGUGGCUGACGAAUUUACUAGAAGGAGAUGCACCUCCUCCACCACCUCCGCCCAAGCCUCAACAUGUAGAAGUUAGAAGAGAAGAACAACCAGAGGACGACCUUGCUCUACCAGUGCUUGGUGGGAUACACUCUGAAGAACUAAAGGGAGAAACUUACUUUUGCCCUAGUUGCCAAGAAGGAGAAGGAGUUAUAAAUAAUAGUAGGACUAAGGCAACCUGCGCCUGCGGUCAUGUGUUCUGAGUGGAGUGAUACCAAGAAUGGGGAGCUAAUGAUGCCCAUAGGUGUAUCAGACAAGGUAAUGGCGAGAACAGUGGGGUAUUGGAAGGAGAUUAUUUAGACCGAAUCAGAAAUAUUGGACAGAAUGGAGAUGAACUCUUGUGCCCGAAAUGAACGAUGAGGUGUGAGAUUAGAAAUGAUUCUAGUCUUGGCAAGUGAGAAAUGUGAGAGCAUGAGUUUUGAAUGUUCUGUAGGGAAGAUUAUGAUGUAGGCCAUCGUUUUUCUCCAUUCAAAGCAUGAGGCAAAAAGUACUCGAAUGGAAAAGAUGAUAUUUGUCUUGCUUUAACAUGGUAUUUAUUCAUCGACAUCAUAAUUUAUCCUCAACUUUAUUUUCUGACUCCCAUAACUAAGAAGCUAAAAUGCCCGAAAGAAUGAGGAGAGUACAUAGGCGCUAUAAUCCUCCUCGUCGUUUUUGUAUUCCUCUUUCUUCUUGCAAUAUUAUUCUCUUGUUUCUGUUGACUAAUUUUCCCUUGACUUGCACUGCAGAGGUCAAAUCAUCUAAAACGAAGGCUUGAUGAGUAGGAGAAUCACAAUAUUAAUUAACCCAAAAUAGCACUUUCAAUUUG